AUGUCCAAGGUCGUAAGAAGCGUCAAGAACGUCACAAAGGGCUACUCCACAGUAGAAGUUAAGGUUCGCAAUGCUACUAGCAACGAUCCGUGGGGCCCGGUGGGCUCUGACAUGGCCGAGAUCGCGCAAAUCACAUUCAACAACUCCACCGAUUUCUACCAAGUGAUGGACAUGCUAGACAAGCGACUCAACGACAAGGGAAAGAACUGGCGCCACGUCUUGAAGUCGCUCAAGGUGCUCGACUACUGCUUGCACGAAGGCUCGGAAUUGGUUGUCACUUGGGCGCGGAAGAACGUCUACAUCAUCAAGACUCUACGAGAAUUCCAAUACAUUGACGAAGACGGUCGGGACGUGGGCCAGAAUGUGAGGGUGUCAGCUAAAGAACUCACCUCUCUCAUUCUCGAUGAAGAACGGCUUCGCGCAGAACGCUCAGAUCGGAAAACCUGGAAGUCCCGUGUUACCGGCAUCAACGAAAUGGAAUAUCUGGGUGGACAUGGAAACGGCGGAGAAGCUACCAGGCCUCGUCAUCGGGAAGGUCGAUCGAACCGGACUACGGAGGAAAAUGACCUGGAGCUGAGAUUGGCUUUGGAAGCGAGUAAGAAUGAAGCGGAGGAGGAUCGCAAGAGGCGCGAGAGAGCGGCGGGCCGUGAGGUUGGGGACGAUGAUCUUGCCAAAGCGAUCAAGCUGAGCAAGGAAGAGGAGGAGCUUCGUCGGAGAGAACUUGAGGAGACAAACUCAUCGUUGUUGUUCGACGACACUCCUACUCAGCCAACUGCAUACCAACCGACUGGCAACAACCAAGGAUACCAACAACAAGGUGCGGUCGAUUGGUUUGGGAAUCCAGUCGAGCAGCAGCAGACUGCACAGCAGCCCCAAAAUACCGGUUUCCUGAACAAUGCCUACUCUCAGCCUACCGGUGUACAGCCCAAUCAGACUGGGUUCCAGAACGGAUUUGGAGGCUACAAUGGAUACCAGCAGCAACCCCAGCAGCCUCAGCAAACUGCUUUUGACCAAGCUUUUGGAGGUGGUCAGGGUUACAUACAGCCCCAGCAGACUGCGUUCAACAUGAACAACCCAUAUGGACAGCAGCUGGGGGGUAUAGGCCAACAGCAACAACAGCCAGUCGAGCAGCAAAGCACACUCCAACCUGGGAGUCACAAUCCAUGGGCGUCAAAUCAACAUCAGCAGGAAUCAAUCCUUCCCCAGCCGACCGGAUCCAACAAUCCAUUCGCGUCGUCAUUCAAUAGGCCUCAAACUGCGCAGCCACAAAGACAGCCAACUCUCAGCACGUUACAGGAGCAGAAGACGCAGACUCAAUUCAAUAACACCAGCUUCAACCCACCGGUCUCGUUCUCUCCGCAGCAGACAGCGCAGCCACAGAAGGAGCAGAAUCCGCACCAUGCCCAGCUCAAUGCCCUCCUCGCUACUGGCGAAGGUCAGGACACUUUCGGUAACGUUGGCAACUUGCGUCUUCCCGCUCAACACACGGCCCCUGGAACCUUUGUGAACUCUGCGGGCGCAGGGCUGAACCAAUUGAACGCGAACGCGACUGGAAACAACCCAUUCCUGCACUCGCAGUUCACGGGUAUGCCGCAACAGCAAUUCGGCCAGCAGCGAAUGGUGCCGGCGCAAACCGGACCAGCAGGGACUUUUGGAUCCAACCCAUAUGGCGGCGGAAACCCCUUUGGCGGCGCGCAGCACCAAGGACAGCAACAGCAGGGUGGAAGCUUGAUAGACCUGUAG